AUGGAAGAAGGUGAUUUGCUUUCCUCGGAGCAAAAUCAUAAGCUUAAGAGAGAUCCGAUAUGGCAAUAUGGGAGUUUAAGAGUAACUGACAAAGGGAAGAAGUUGAUAAUUUGUAACUUUUGUGGGAAAUCUUUGGCUGGUGGGGGUGUUAAUCGCCUCAAACAUCAUCUUGGCAAGGUAAAGGGCAAUGUAGCACCUUGCAAAAAAGUUCCUCCAGAUGUUUGUUCUUUGGCAGCUGGGUUAUUACAAGAUAAUGUUCGAAAAUCCAAAGAAAAGAGAGCAGAUUUUGAAAUUGAAAGUGACGAUGUUCAAGAAAUUCCAAAAGUCUUUAACGAGAUAUCAAUCAAAGGGAAAAGAAAAGCUGAACAUGGGAUUGAAGGUUAUAUGUCAGAAAAUUUGUGUAAUUUAUUUGCUGAAAUUGUUGACAUGGUUGGUAAGGAAAAUGUGAUUCAUUUAGUCACAGACAAUGCAGCUAACUACAAAGUUGCUGGGAGGUUACUUUCAGAAAGAUAUCCACUAAUUAGUUGGUCUCCCUGUGCUGCCCAUUGUGUUAAUUUGAUUAUGAAAGAUAUUGGAAGUAUGCCUAAAAUUGUCAGUUUGAUUACUCUUGCCUCUAGAGUCACUGUAUUUGUUUACAAUCGUAAAUGGAUUCUGAGUUGGUUGAGAAAAAUUCCUGGAUGGAAAGAAAUCGUUCAUCCAGCUGAGACUAGAUUUGGUACUACAUUCAUUGCAUUGAAAAUUUUAUAUGACCACAGAGUACAUUUGGAAUCCUUGGUUUUGUCUCAAGAAUAUAAGGUCAAAGAGUUGAAACAUCAGAAAGGUAAAGAUGUGAAGGAAACUGUUCUCAAUGAAAAAUUUUGGAAUAAUUGUUUAGUAACAGUGAAGAUUAUGGGGCCUUUAAUGCGUUUGUUGCGCAUUUGUGAUUGUGAUGAGAGAUCAUCCUUAGGAUAUGUGUAUGAUGGAUUGUGGAGAGCUAUCAAUGCUAUAAAAAAUCUUUUCAACAACAACAAGAAAUUGUAUGAGCCCUACACUCAGAUUAUCGACAAUAGGUGGGAUUCUAUGUUGAAAAAAGAUCUUCAUGCAGCUGCUUUUUGGUUGAAUCCUACAUUCCAAUAUGAAGUUGAUAAUCGUGGUUUAAUGUCCGAAGCUUGGAAAGGUUUGAUGAAUGUGAUGGAGAAAUUCAAGAUUGAAUGUUCUCAAGAUGUAAUGAAUGAAGUUAUGAUGUUUAGAUCACAAAAUCAAAGCUUUGGGUGUGCUUUAGCUAAAAAGACUUAUGCUACCACUUCCCCAGGUAAAACAAGGAAGUUUGUGAUUCUUGAUGAAGAAGAUGAUGGUGAUGUGGACAUUGGUUCUUCUAGCUUUUUUGAAGUUGUUGGUAAUGAAGAUUCUCAUGAUGGUAGUGAUUUUGUGGAACCAAGAGUGUUUAUUGGUAACGAGUACGACCUUGGUUAUGAAUGA